CCUCGGGCAUGCACAGUUGGUGCUCGUGCCUGCAGUGAGGGUGCGUUGCUGGUUGCUAGGAUACCGCGGACUCUGUUCGUUGUGGCCGUUGAAUCCGAGACAGCUGGAAGAGACGGCGAUACCGGCAGCGAUAUCCACAAACCGGGGGACAGUCAGACUUAUUACACACCUCCGCACACAGCCGCAGCCCUGCAGUUUGCUGUUAAAGAAAACAUCAGAAGAUUUUAAUAGAAUGUCUGGGCAGGAUAUUGGAGACAUGAAUUCUGAAGUCAAGCCAAAAUCAAUGACUCGUGCAAAGCAGUGGUCAGAUGAGAUUGAAAAUUUGUACAGAUUCCAAACAGCAGGCUAUCGAGAUGAACUGGAAUACAAGCAUGUAAAACACGUUGACUUGGUGGAUCGUUGGCCUGAAACAGGCUUUGUGAAAAAACUGCAAAGAAAAGAUAAUACCUUCUAUUACUACAAUAAGCUUAGAGAAUGUGAAGAUAAGGAGGUUCAUAAAGUUAAGGUGUAUGCAUAUUAAAAAAAAAAAAACUAAAUAAAUAAAAACAGCUUGAUGGAUGAACUGCCAA